AGGCAUCGUCACCUGAUAGCUGUCCGCUCGCUUGUCUAUUACUACUGACCGCCUGCGGUUCUCUGCUGCUUUCCCUGCCCUCCCCGACUCUGCAGGAGCAGGCUGCAAGCAUAUUUACGACUGCCACACUCCCGCCUCCGCAAUGACCGACUCCGCGGCAUCGACCCCAGAGGGCGAGCUCAGCGACACGCCCUUCGACAGCCCCUCGCCGUCCUCUCCUCCUUUCCCCUCGAGCCCGUCCUCUAGCAUCCCCUCGUCUCUCAAUGUCUCCGACCGCCCCGCUGCACGUUCCAGCGUCACUACCGGCGCCACCGCCAACAUGACGCCCUCGUCCACCCCGCUGGGCAAUAUCAAUGCUGCCAGAAAUCCUCGCGGCAACGCUCCUACCAUCUCCAGCCGAGGCAGUGGCCUCAAUGUCUCGCAGGACAUUCUGGCGCGGAUACAAGCAGUGCAUCUUGGUCGACAGGGUGCCCCGCCGACUGCGGCGGCAGGCCAAGGAAACCUGCCCCAGAGCCCAGGGCCGUCCGUCGGGCCGCCAAACAACAUGUCACCACGAGGGCCGAUGAUGGCUGGUGGCGUCCCGGUCAACUUCCGUGGCAUGCCCGGAGGAAAGCCACCUCUGCCUAGCUUUGCAUCCGCACCUGCCAUCCCUGGCCGCUCCGGUGCUGCACCAAAGUCUAUGCUCGAGAGACGCGGUGCACCGAAGCUCGGUGGUCUGCCUGGCGCAGCAUCGCCUGCAGGUGCUCCUGUGAAGAAGAAUCGUCCAGUCAUGACCCUCUCCCAGAUGAACGGAGGCGCUCCAGACGAAAAGCCUAAGAAGCAGGAAACCGCAUUGGAAAAGUAUUCGGAUUUUAUUGACACCAAGACUGGUAGUCUUAAGUUUGCAGGCAAGGCUGUCCUGAAUCCGGACGGCGUCCAAUUUGCGAAUGGCACAUCUUUCAGCAUCUCCUUAGACGAAGUCGACACGCUUGACGAGCUCGGCAAGGGAAACUACGGCACAGUAUACAAAGUCCGACACGCAAGACCGCGCAUGAGGAAGCCAGGUCAAGGCCUUGCAGGAAACAAGGCUGCACCAGGCUCUCCUUCGCGAAAGGACUUUAGCGAAGAGCCUAGCCCGACAACGGCGAAGCCUUCCGGAGGUACCGGUAUUAUCAUGGCUAUGAAGGAGGUCAGGCUGGAACUUGACGACUCGAAAUUCGCCGCAAUAAUCAUGGAGUUGGAUGUCCUGCACCGUUGUGUGUCACCCUACAUUGUCGACUUUUACGGCGCUUUCUUCCAAGAAGGAGCUGUGUACAUCUGCAUGGAGUUCAUGGAUGGUGGAUCGAUAGACAAAUUGUAUGGCGAUGGCGUUCCGGAGAACGUCCUGCGUAAGAUCACUUUGGCAACGACCAUGGGCCUGAAGUCGCUGAAAGACGAACACAACAUCAUUCACCGCGACGUAAAACCUACAAACAUUCUCAUGAACACGAGAGGCCAGAUCAAGAUCUGCGAUUUCGGUGUCAGUGGUAACUUGGUUGCGAGUAUCGCGAAAACCAACAUUGGUUGCCAGAGCUACAUGGCCCCAGAACGAAUCUCAUCGGGUGGUGUUGCACAGGCCGGCGCCAACCCUGGAGGCGGCACCUACAGCGUCCAGAGUGACAUCUGGAGUCUGGGUCUGACCAUCAUUGAAUGCGCGCUCGGCCGUUAUCCAUACCCACCAGAGACAUACAAUAACAUCUUCAGCCAGCUUAGCGCAAUUGUAGAUGGCGAACCCCCGGAUCUGCCCGAAGAAGGCUAUAGCGAAGUCGCUCGUAACUUUGUUCGUGGCUGUCUGAACAAGAUCCCCAAGAUGCGACCAACCUACGCUGAUCUCCUCGGCCAUGCGUGGCUUGCACCUUUGAUAAAACCAGAGACCAUCACCGAAGAAGACGAGGACGAGGUGGCAGCCGCGGAGGCAGAUGAUGGCAGCGUGGCCGCUGGUGACAAGGGCCCUGCUGAACCAACUGAAGACGUUGUAGACAAGGAGGUCGCAGACUGGGUGAAGGACGCAAUUGACAAGCGCAAGAGAGGAGUGCUCGGCAAGGCCCCCAAGCCUGCGUUACACGCUGCGCCACUGGAUGCCGUGUCGAGUCCUUCGCAAGACGGUGCGAAUGGUCUCGACGCUGCAGGUGCAGCCGAGGCGCCGACCACGUGAGACCAUCCACGGUCUGCAGCAGCCACUUGCAUUCACUAAACCUGGUAACUCGUGAGGUUGCGACUGUACCAGUUGUAAAUCUGGAGUUUUGGAUUUUUUGGUUAGGUGCUGUGUACUGGCACUGGCGCAUACCCGUGGGAAACGCUCUGGCAUGGCUGUUGGAGCAUUGGGCAACAACAAAGAUACACCUAACUGACAUGCAUGUACAAUUCGCCACUAUGUAUUUUACUCGGUGACAUUUCACAUGUAUAAUUUGAAGAGCGCUACGACUAGUCGAGCAGCCGUUAAGGUGACGUAUGC